AGCAACUGAAUCAUUGCAAUUUUAGAAUUUUCUAACCUUUCGUGUACAUGUGAGUAUCCCUCCAGGUUCACUAUAAAAUUGAAACAAGUGUAAAGGGAAAUGCUCCAAGUUAGUCUUAUCUCACCUCCUCCGGCGCCAUGAACUCUCCAAGUGUUGUAGCGGCAGCAAUGGCUGCUCUCAUGAUAUUUCUUUUACUCACUCCACCUUCUGAUGCUGCAAUUUCUUGCAGUGAUGUAAUCAAGGACCUGAGGCCUUGUGUGAACUACCUCAUGAAUGGCACUGGGAAACCACCUGCUGCAUGCUGUUCAGGAAUCUCAGCUAUUCAAACUACUGCAUCAACCACGGCUGACAAGCAGGCAGCUUGUAACUGCAUCAAGUCAGCUUCCAAGCAAAUAAAUCCAAAGCCCCAGUUAGCACAGGCUCUUCCAGCUAACUGUGGAAUCACCUUGCCUUUCACUGUUUCACCCAAUGUUGAUUGUUCCAAGAUUACUUAGUUGAAAUGGAAAUGGUCUGGUGAAUGCUUUUCGAUCCAUGUGCUCCUAUAUAUUUCGAGUGAAAUAGAAUAGUUGUACCUCAUUUCAUUCAUGUCUGCCUGUGUGUAUGGGAAGCUUACCCUACUUUGUUUUAAGCUGGAAUGCCCAGUGCCUUCUUUUCUCCAGUAAAUAAAGAUACCAUUAUUGUUA